CCCUCUUUUCCCUUAAAAUUGCAAAAUUUGGGCCGAAUCCAACGGAGACGAGGGCGAAAGGGUAAGGAGAUGGAGGGCAAGUGCUGCUCCACCAGCGAGGCCGCCAGGGAGCCUCCGUCGCCGCCGUCCUUACCUCCUCCAUCAAGAGCGGCAAGGGGAGUCGGCAUGGGGCGGCAGUACAGGGGCGUGAGGAUGCGGAAGUGGGGUAAGUGGGUGGCGGAGAUCCGGGAGCCCAACAAGCGGUCGCGCAUCUGGCUCGGUUCCUACUCCACCGCCCUCGCCGCCGCACGAGCCUACGAUACUGCCGUAUUCCUCCUCCGCGGCAGCUCCGCCCGCCUCAACUUCCCGGAACACGUUCUCGCCCUCGACGACUCCCGCCCCGACGGCGCCCCGCCCACCUCCGCUUUCAUCCGGAGGAAAGCCAUCGAGGUGGGUGCCAGGGUGGACGCCGCCGCUCUGCGACCUGUCCCGCUUCCACCCCACCCCCCGCCGCCACCGCCACCUCCGCCGCCGCAAAGUCCGCCCCUGCGGCGGGUCAAGAACCCCGACCUCAACCUCGCUCCAAGUCCCGAUAGCUCCGACGUGGAUUGACAUCUGCUGUUAACCUCUUCUCAAGUGUUUAUCUUUAGUUCUAAAAAAACCUUCCUUUUCAAUUCUUAUAAACCUUCAAUCUCUGCGAGUUAACAAGCUUGAUCAAAAGUACGAUUUUUACUACACCAGAAAGAUCAAAGAAACAUAUAGAUGGGGUUUCCUUUGAUUCUGUGGUUUUGUUCUGGUUUCUGUUCUGGUUUCUUGAACUGGUAGCAUUGAAUUCAUGUUCUUGGCGAAGGGAUGAGCAGCGGCAGAUAACUCAGAUUUCAAACAGCAACGACAAGCUCUGCAGAGGAACAAUUUGUCCUCUGCUAAUGCAGUAACAGUAAAAAAGAGAGUAAAACAAAGAUUUGCCAACAAAUUGCAGUUAAAUUCCCUGCACCUGUUUCUGUCCUUAUCUUCUCCUCGACAGCAUGUUUGCUUCUUUGCUUUCAAGUCAACAUGAUUUGGAGAGGGUAUGCAAGGUGGUACACCGUAAUUUGCACUCCAUCUAAUCUGAUCACAUUUGCCCAAAGUGAUAGUGAUCAGUACAGUAGAGGAAGAACAUAAUUAAUUAUGAUCUACUCAGGACACGGACGAGGUUGUGUUUGGUGGACACUCCAAUAAAUGUGUAGCAGUGCCUUGUCAUCAGGAAUGAGAAUAGAUCGGAUUAUUCA